GAAAACCCACUCUGUAUGUCCCAUCGUUUGAAUCCCGCAGUUAGAGAGGGAGCUUAGAGAGAGAGAGAGAGAGAGGCGACGACGACGACGGCGGAGCAGAGAGAAACCACCACAGUCCGUCGUGACCUCAGUUAAGCGACCUCGUUUUCUCCGACGCACGCAUUUGCAAUUUGUGCGAUUCUCCUUUCAGUUCAACGCUCGUUGCGAUUACAGUCGGAGCGAGUGGGAGAGAUUCUAUGAGCCGUUUAGCCUUCAAGUCCGUGGUAUAUCACGGCGAUUUGCGCCUGGGGGAGCUGGACGCGGUCCCGGCGAACGGCCCCAGCUUCCAGUUCCCCAACAACGAGAUUCGGAUCCACCGCAUCUCGCCGAUCAGCGAGAGGUGUCCCCCUCUCUCGAUCCUCCAGACGGUCUCCUCGUUCUCAGUCCGGUGCAAGCUCGAGUCGUCCUCUCUGGUCGAGCAGGCGAAUUUGAUCAAUCUGCACGCCUCUUGCUUCUACGAAUUCAAGACCGCUGUAGUGUUGCUUGGCGAAGAAGAAAUACACUUGGUGGCAAUGCCUAGUAAGCAGAAGAAGUUCCCAUGCUUUUGGUGCUUCUCCGUACCGUUGGGUCUCUAUGAAUCCUCUCUGGGAUUGCUUAAUCUGCGGUGCCUCUCGAUUGUGUUUGAUCUCGAUGAGACACUCAUUGUUGCCAACACAAUGAAGUCUUUCGAGGACAGAAUUGAGGCUCUUCGAGGCUGGAUUGCUCGGGAGACUGAUUCGGUGAGGAUAUCAGGAAUGUUGGCUGAACUGAAGCGGUACAUUGAUGAUAGAGCGCUACUGAAGCAGUAUGCAGAGAGUGAUUGUGUCGUGGAUAAUGGAAAGAUGUACAAGGUUCAGCAUGAGGAGGUCCCUCAGCUUUCAGAUGGCCAUGAGAAAGUUGUUAGACCAGUAAUUAGAUUGCAGGAAAGAAAUACUGUCCUCACUCGCAUCAAUCCUGAGAUUCGUGACACCAGUGUGCUGGUGAGAUUACGACCUGCAUGGGAUGACUUGCGGAGUUACUUAACAGCUAAAGGACGUAAGAGGUUUGAAGUUUAUGUGUGCACAAUGGCUGAAAGAGAUUAUGCUUUAGAGAUGUGGAGGCUUCUUGACCCCGAAGCACAUUUAAUUAAUUCAAAACAGCUCUUCAACCGUGUUGUUUGUGUCAAAUCAGGUUCAAGGAAAUCAUUGCUAAAUGUGUUUCAGGAUGGUAACUGCCAUCCCAAGAUGGCAAUGGUGAUUGAUGACCGCUCAAAGGUCUGGGAAGACAGGGAUCAACCGCGAGUGCAUGUAGUUCCUCCAUUUGCUCCAUACUAUGCUCCUCAGGCGGAGACUGCAAAUGCUGUUCCAGUCCUUUGUGUGGCAAGAAAUGUAGCGUGCAAUGUGAGGGGUUACUUUUUCAAGGAGUUUGAUGAAAACCUACUAAGGAAAAUCUCUGAAGUAUUUUAUGAAGAUGAGGUGGUUACUUUACCCCAUGCCCCUGAUGUGAGCAAUUACUUGAUGUCAGAGGACACUGGUUUUGUACCAAAUGGGGCUGCAAAUGCUCCAUUUGCUGAUGGAAUGCAUGGUGCAGAAAUUGAUAAAAGACUUAAUCCUCCGGGUGAAAAUCAUGCUGUUGAUGUGGCUGGCAUCCCUGUAAAAGAAACUCCUGAUGUUAAAUCGGAAACAUCCCAACCAACAAUUACUAUAAUACCAAACACUGUUGGUCCCAAUACUCCGAGAUCACUCAUGCCAUCUCAGAAACCUGGUUUGCUUGGUAAUCCUGCUAGACAAGAUUUCAGCUUUUUGGAUCGGGAACAUGAUGUGAAAAGGAGAAUUCUUACUAUGAAGCAUGGUCCGGACUUGAAGAAUCAGGGCUCAGGUGAGCCCCCUCUCCUAUCUAGACCACCAGUGCAGUUACCAACUGGCAAUAUCCAACCACACGGAGGAUUGCCUGUGGAAGAAGACUCCAGCAAAGGACAUAUAAAUAGUAGAAGUUCCGGCUUUUCUCAAGAAUAUGAUUCACUGAAGUUCGAUAAGCAGAGAGCUCAUCAAAAUCAGCUCAGUCACAAUCUUCCAAGUGUUAGUACCUCUGGUGUGCUCUCUAACACAUCUCAAGUGAAGGCAGAAGAGGUGUGGUCUGGAAGUGAUCAGAAAAAACCAAAAUUGCCUUCCGGAAGUCAGCAAUCUGAGAUUGGUGUACCUCAAAAUCGAAGUUGUCCUAACGACAGAGAUAUUCAUGCUGAUGCUGGAAAAGAAAACUUGCUACAGUUGUCAUUGUCUAUUGCAGUGCUGCAAGAGAUUGGACGGAGAUGCAGCUCCAAGGUAGAGUUUAGGACAAUCUUAAGCACCAGUAAGGAUUUGCAGUUUUCUGUCGAGGUUUUAUUUACUGGUGAGAAGAUAGGUGCUGGAAUGGGUAAAACGAGGAAGGAUGCUCAACAACAAGCUGCACUAAAUGCUCUUCACAGCUUGGCAGAGAAGUACGUCACCUAUGCCAGGAGCCAUUCACAAGAAGUUGACAAAAAUCUCAAUAAGAUCUCUCAAGGGAAAGAAAAUGGAUUUCUGUGGGAUGUUGUCAGUCCUGGGUCACAUGAACCACCGAGAGAUGAUGAUUUUGCUAAAGAGGGCGAUACUGAGGCGCGAUCAUCUUGAUACUUAGAAUUGUUAAUUGCUCUCUCCUUAGAAGGAGUUGGUGAUGCUUGUGAUUAGAUAAGGUUGCGUGGGCAGGAAACUGAGAAAUUUUUACCUGAAGAUCAGUGUUCGUCUUUUCCUGAUUAUGGAGCUAAAAGCUGAAAGAAAGCAAGCUGGCUUCAUGCCUCCCAAUGUUGACUUAUCCUGGCUAUGUUUACUUCUGGUUCUGUGGACUGGCAAUUUCAGACAGGAUCUGUAAUGUGAAAGGUUACUGAACUAUUGCCAGUCCUAACUAUCAAAGCAGGUGGGAUGAUUCCUUCCAACUCCAAGCAAAUACUCAAGGACUGGGAGCUCCCGAGUGGGGCAAAGCUAUUCCCCUGUGGCAACAUAUGUGCCCAAGAAUAGCAUAUCACAAUGCGAUCGGGAGAGGUGGAGCUGAAGCUGGGUGCGAAGCCUACGACUCGACAUGUUACCUGUCGCGGCAGUCUGGAUCUUUUGGAAGCCUUGCAAAAUUGGAUAGGUCACACCAUACGAACGCGGAUCUUCGUGAAAUCUGUAUCCUGCUAUAUCUUGAUUCUUGGUUUAACCGAGAAAAAUGGCAGUAAGUUGAACUGUAGUAGGCAAAUUCCUUUUGUAUCACGAUCUUAGGAAAGGUAGCUCUAUAUUCCUUUAUUUUGUUCCUUUGCUGUAUAUAGAUGGAAUGCAGUUUUUCUAGCUCUUCAAUAUGCUGGGUAGAUAUUUCUGUUUGAGUUC